AUGAGCGCCUCUCCAGCUCUGCGCAGCGUCGCCCGCGGUGCCGCCCGCCGUCUGCCGCAGCGCGCCUACUCGUCCUCGGCGGCCGCGGCAGCGCCCAGACAUCUCAUGUCGAUUGCCGACCUCUCGCCGACCGAGUUUGCCAGUCUCGUGCGCAACGGCGCCGCGCUCAAGACACUGGUCAAAACGGACCAGGCGCCGCCCGCGCUCCGCGCCGGCAUGGCCGGCCAGACGGUCGCCAUGAUGUUUAGCAAGCGCAGCACCCGCACGCGCGUGUCGACCGAGGCGGCCGUCACCCUGCUGGGCGGCCACCCCAUGUUUCUGGGCAAGGACGACAUUCAACUCGGCGUCAAUGAGUCGCUGUACGACACGGCCAAGGUCAUCUCCUCCAUGACAUCGUGCAUGGUCGCCCGUGUCGGCCCGCACUCCGACGUUACGGGACUGGCCGCCGGCUCGAGCGUGCCCGUCAUAAACGCCCUGUCCGAUGACUUCCACCCUCUGCAGACGAUUGCUGAUUUCCUCACCAUCCACGAGGCGUUUCCCUCGUCGCGCGCCGCAUCUGGUGGCAGCCUGGGCGUCGAGGGCCUCAAGGUCGCCUGGGUGGGCGACUCCAACAACGUGCUAUUCGACCUGGCCGUAGGCUGCGUCAAGAUGGGUGUCGACAUUGCCGUCGCCGCGCCCAGGGGCUACGGGAUCCCCGACGCCAUGAGAACUGUCAUACACGCCGCCGCGCAGGGCGUGGCCGCGCCCGGCAAGCUGACGGAGACGACGGUGCUGGAAGAGGCCAUCAAGGACGCUGACGUGCUGGUGACGGACACUUGGAUUUCCAUGGGCCAGGAGGCCGAGACAAAAGCACGUCUACAGGCUUUUGCCGGAUACCAAAUCACAAACGACCUGGCCAAACGCGGCGGCGCGAAGGAGGGCUGGAAGUUUAUGCACUGCCUGCCGCGACACCAGGAAGAGGUCGCCGACGAAGUGUUUUACGGUCCGAGGUCUCUAGUAUUCCCCGAAGCCGAGAACCGACUCUGGGCUGCACUCGCCGUUUUGGAAGGCUUUGUUGUCAACAAGGGCAAGUUUUAG